GCAUUUGUUUUGGCGUAGGAAGAAAAUGGCUAAAGCGAUGAAGGGUGUGCAUAUGGAUGGGGCAUUGGAGAUGCAGCAGCAAUAGUUGCAGUGCUGGUGUGAAUGUGGCGGCGGCGGCCGUGGCAUCAGCAUCUCUAGUCUCCUCCUCCCUCUCAUCUCUCGUUUCUUCGAAUAGAGCUUGCAGCAAACUUCUCGCCAGGGUUAGGGCUUGUUCGGGGACCCACUUAAGCUUCUUCUCUACUGCAUCCGUGUUCCCUUCGUCGUUGUCGUCGAGCACCAUCGCUGCCGCCUCUGCCAUGCCGGGAGUGCAAUCUCAAACGGUGGAGUGGCCUGCGAGCCGAGUCAGGGACACCUUUCUCAGCUUCUUCGAAGGGAAAGGCCAUGUUAACUGGAAUUCCAGCCCUGUUGUCCCUCUCAACGACCCCACUUUGCUAUUCGCUAAUGCUGGCAUGAACCAGUUCAAACCAAUCUUUUUAGGAACUGUUGAUCCAAAUACAUCGUUGAGUAAACUCACUCGUGCUUGUAACACCCAAAAGUGCAUUCGAGCUGGGGGAAAACACAAUGAUCUUGAUGAUGUAGGGAAAGACACUUACCACCAUACCUUUUUUGAGAUGCUUGGCAACUGGUCAUUUGGAGACUACUUCAAAAGGGAGGCCAUUGGAUGGGCAUGGGAGCUUCUUACACAGGUGUAUAAGUUACCUGCUGAUCGGAUCUAUGCUACCUAUUUUGGUGGUGAUGAAAAGUCUGGCCUUUCCGCUGAUGAUGAAGCUAAGGAAUUAUGGCUGAAAUUUUUGCCACCUGAACGUGUAUUGCCUUUUGGUUCUAAGGACAACUUCUGGGAGAUGGGCGAUACUGGUCCUUGCGGGCCUUGCACUGAAAUCCAUUAUGAUAGAAUUGGUAACCGAGAUGCUGCAUCACUGGUCAACAAUGAUGAUCCUACAUGCAUUGAGAUCUGGAAUCUUGUGUUCAUUCAGUUCAACAGGGAAAGUGAUGGUUCCUUGAAACCUCUGCCGGCAAAACAUGUUGACACUGGCAUGGGUUUUGAACGAUUGACCUCAGUUCUUCAAAACAAACUCAGUAAUUAUGAUACUGAUGUUUUCUUGCCCAUAUUUGAUGCAAUCCAAAAGGCAACAGGGGCUCGGCCGUACUCAGGGAAAGUUGGCCUGGAUGACGUGGACAAAGUUGAUAUGGCUUACAGGGUUGUAGCUGAUCAUAUAAGAACUCUUUCAUUUGCAAUUGCUGAUGGUUCUUGUCCAGGCAAUGAAGGUCGGGAAUAUGUUCUUAGACGUAUUCUUAGGAGAGCUGUUCGCUAUGGAAAUGAAGUUCUAAAAGCUCAAGAAGGGUUUUUCAGUGGGCUUGUCGAUGUUGUGGUGAAAGUGAUGGGAGAUGUCUUCCCAGAAUUGAAGCAACAUGAAGUCAAUAUCAGAGACAUUAUUGCAGCAGAGGAGAUAAGCUUUGGAAAGACAUUACUUAAGGGAAUCGAGCAAUUUAAGAAGGCUUCUCAGGAUGUUCAGGGGAAGAUAUUGAGUGGACAGGAUGCAUUUGUCUUAUGGGACACCUAUGGAUUUCCACUGGAUCUGACUCAGCUGAUGGCAGAGGAAAGAGGUCUUACAGUAGAUGUGGAGGGUUUUAAUACUGCCAUGGAAGAAGCAAGAAAAAGAUCUAGGAGUGCACAGAAUAAGCAAGCUGGUGGUGCAAUUGUAAUGGAUGCUGAUGCCACCUCUCAGUUGCACAAGAAAGGAAUAUCUCCAACUGAUGACAGCAGCAAGUUUAUAUGGUUCCAGGAUCAUGAAAGUGUGAUAAAAGCCAUUUAUACUGGAGCAGAAUUUGUGGAGAGUGCCACUGCAGGUGACGAAGUUGGUGUUAUUCUAGAAACCACAAGUUUCUAUGCUGAACAAGGUGGACAGAUAUUCGACACCGGAUCACUUGAAGGGUCCUUUGGAUCAUUUCAAGUUCUUAAUGUUCAAAUUUUUGGAGGUUUUGUCCUCCACAUUGGUUCUAUUGCUGGAGGAACUGGCAGGUUCACUGUGGGUGAUAAAGUAGUCUGUAAGGUAGACUAUGACCGGCGGACUCUUAUUGCCCCUAAUCAUACCUGUACCCACAUGCUGAACUUUGCCCUCAGGGAAGUGCUUGGUGAUCAUGUUGACCAGAAGGGAUCUAUUGUUCUUCCUGAAAAAUUGCGAUUUGAUUUUUCCCAUGGCAAGCCUGUUCAUCCUGAUGAUUUGAGAAAGGUUGAGUCAAUUGUGAACAAACAAAUAAGAGAUGAAUUAAAUGUGUUUGCCAAGGAGGUAAACCUUGCUGAUGCUAAACGUAUAGCUGGUUUACGAGCUGUAUUUGGGGAAGUAUAUCCUGACCCAGUCAGGGUUGUGGCAAUUGGUGGAAAAGUGGAGGAUCUUCUUGCUAAUCCAGAUAAUAAAGAAUGGUUAUCAAUCUCAACAGAACUUUGCGGAGGGACCCAUAUAUCAAAUACACGAGAGGCUAAAGCUUUUGCUCUUUUAUCUGAGGAGGGAAUUGCUAAGGGUGUCCGAAGAAUAACUGCUGUUACAACUGAUUGUGCUUUUAAGGCAAUAGAAUCAGCACGUUCACUAGAGCAGGAGAUCAGUGAUGCAGCUAAAUUAGAUGUAAGCCAGAUGGAGAAGAAAGUUGCUUCUUUGAAAAGUCGUGUACAAUCGGCAGCUAUUCCAGCAACCAUGAAAGCAGAUCUUGGAGCCAAAAUUUCUCAACUUCAAGAUCAAGUUAGAAAGGCAACAAAGAAGAUUGCACAAGAAAAUAUUCAAAAAGCUACAAAAACAGCUGCUGAAAUGGCAGAUAUUGCUGCUACUAAUGGAAAAGCCUUCUGCAUCUGUCGUGUCAAUGUUGGUCUGGAUGCAGCUGCAAUUCGUGAAGCAGUUAUCAAAACUAUGGACCAGAAGGGUAUGUCAGUUAUGAUAUUCAGUACAGAUGAGACCACGAACAAAGCUGUGGUGUGUGCUGGGGUUUCUGAGAAUGGUAGUAAGAGCAAGGAUUUAGAUUUGUUAGAGUGGUUUACAGCUGCAAUGGAGCCUCUCAAAGGACGAGGUGGUAAAGGAAGUGUUGGCAAACGUUUCUAUGCUCAAGGACAGGGGACAGAUGCAUCACAAGUUCAGCAGGCCAUUGAAAUUGCAACAGCCUUUGCAUCAAUGAAAUUGAAAUAACAAACACUAGUCAUUCUGCUCUUGCCAGCAAAACUAGAAGUUCCUUUCAUUAUACUUGAUGCUGAUUGAUAGUGAAUCAGAAAUUUGAAGCAAUAGGGGAAAAGGGACCAUAAUGAAGAAAAAAAGUGAAAAAGAAAAUAUGAAUUGUUUUAUCUUGAAUGAUUAUUAUUUUUUCCUUGAAUAGAUUGUGAAAGUAAAUAUUCAUGUGAACAGAUGAUAGCUUAUAUUUACAAAGAUUUUGUUUUGCUAGAAUUUUGAACUUAAUUUACUGAUUGGCUUUGAUAA